AGUUGUUUGAAAAUACAAGUCGAAAGCUUCGAAAUUGCAAAGGCUAUCAAAUUGUUCCCAGUACUCACAGACAUCCUACAUCAAAUCAUCAAUGGCCGAAGCAAAAAAGAGAUAUGCAGUUGUUACAGGAGCAAACAAAGGGAUUGGGUUAGAAACUGUCAGGCAAUUGGCCUCAAACGGAAUCACUGUAGUCUUAACUGCUAGAGAUGAAAAGAGGGGUCUUGAAGCUUUUGAUAAACUCAAAGAGUCUGGCCUCUCUGGUGAAGUGGUUUUUCAUCAACUUGAUGUGGCUGACCCUGCAAGCGUUGCUUCUUUGGCAGAUUUCAUCAAAACCCAGUUUGGGAAACUCGAUAUCUUGGUGAACAAUGCAGGGAUUGGUGGAGUCAUACUAGAUGCUGAUGCUUUUAAAGCUUCGGAAAAUUCUGGUGGUGGGGAAGGAGCAAACAUUGAUUGGACUUGGACUAAAUUUCUGACUGAAACGUACCCGUUAACAGAAGAAUGCUUGCAAAUAAAUUACUAUGGUACUACAAGAACAGCUGAAGCACUUAUUCCACUCCUCCAGUUAUCCGAUUCACCAAGAAUUGUUAACGUUUCUUCCUCCUCAGGGAAGUUAGCGAACAUACCAAGUGAUUGGGUUAAAGGCGUUUUUAGUGAUUCUGAAUACCUAACAGAAGAGAGAGUAGAUGAGGUAUUGACACAGCUACUAAAAGACUUCAAGGAGGGUUCCAUUGAAAGCAAGGGCUGGCCUGUUUUUCCUGCAUAUAGAGUCUCAAAAGCGGCAAUAAAUGCAUAUACAAGGAUUCUAGCCAAGAAAUACCCCAACUUCCGCAUCAAUUCUGUCUGCCCCGGCUAUGUCAAGACAGAUAUAAACUUCAAUACCGGCAUCUUGUCCGUUGCAGUAGGUGCUGCAAGUGUUCUGAAGUUAGCAUUGCUGCCCAGUGAUGGCCCUUCUGGCCUCUUUGUUCGUUCUGAAGUAUCAUGUGCAUGAUAGAAGAUGAUCAAUUUGUGCUAAUACAUGUCAUUUGUUGGGGCAGCAUCUUGGAUUUUCAAUGUAACAAAGUAUGUUGUUAAAAUUUAUGUAAAUCAGUGAUGUGAAAGUUUGUUUGUUAACUAAAAUGGA